CCCGCGGCGGCGGGCGGGAAGGGGCGCGAGGCGGCGGCGGGCGGCGCCAUGGAGGCGGCGGGCGGCGAGGAGCGGCGGCUGCUCGUCCAGAGGCUGAAGGCUGCGGUCCACUACACCGUCGGCUGCCUGUGCCAGGAUGUCGCGGAAGACAAGGACGUGCGGUUCAGCAAGCAAAGCGUUGCAGCGAUUUCGGAGAUCACCUUCAGGCAGUGCGAAAACUUUGCAAAAGACCUUGAAAUGUUUGCAAGGCAUGCAAAACGAAGCACAGUCACUGUAGAAGAUGUGAAACUUUUGGCUAGAAGGAGCAAUUCUCUGCUGAAGUAUAUCACACAGAAGAGCGAAGAACUUGUAUCAAGUAACAUGGAGCAAAAGGAAAGGAAGAAAAAGAAGUCCAGUUCAGCAAAGGCAGGGAGAACUUCUGAGGAACAAGCAGCAGCUGUGGCUGAGAGUGAAGAUUCCAACAUGGCAUGAUUUUCCUUUCAAGUAACUUCUCUGUUCUUCUUAUCUUACUACCUUAGUGCAGUCAGAGAUUGCUCUUGCAAGUUAGCAGUAGUAUUGAAGAUUUAAUAUUUUAGGUGAAUGGGGUUAGUGCUUUUUUUUUUUUUUUUUUUUUUUUAAGUUCCAAAGCUGAAGACCAUCAGAAUUCAGCAAAGUUUACAGCAAUUUAAGUAAUUUAGGCGAUUUUGUCUAAGAGAUAAGUCAUUAAAAAAAAUCUGUUUUCUAAAAAAUCUAGAGCAAAGCAUUCUUACUGAGCAUAAAACUUUAUGUGCACCUCCCUCCAUGCUGAUACUUAGUUUUUCUGCUAAUUGUGUGACUAUUCCUUGCUCUGUUCUUAAUACUUGAAGUAUUUUAAGUUUUUUUCCCCCCUUUUUUUAGUGGCAUGUCUCUCACCUGUUGUCUUGAUAAUUAAAACUUCUUUCUGUCACUUUGUCCUGUGAUAUUGCUGGUGUACCAUCCUCUCCUUCAAUAGGUUGCAUGACACACAUCUUACUAAAUAUGGCCUCCUUAACAGUGUUCUGAAACAUAUCACCAUUGCCCUCUGCCGGGCUGAUACAGGCUUACCAAGUGCUGAUUGAUAUAUAUAUAUUUAAAAAAGCAGAUUUAAGGAUACACGUUAAUAAAUACAGCCUACAGAAAUGAGGAUUGGUAUCUGAUUGAGAUCUGCAUGAGAAACUUCAGCAAGUGAGAGAAUGCUUGCCUAAGAUAGCCUAAACUAAGCAGCAACAGAUGAAGACAGGCUUGAACUCUGUUUUCUCCUUGCUCUUUGUUACCAGAGACAAGAUAUUCUACACUGAACUGAGUCUCUGUAAUGUGAUUAUCUAAAGAUCUGUAAUAAAGUCUACCAUUUAAAAAAAUUUUUGAUUUACAAGGUUAAUCGAACUGUUAGGUUUAAAAAGUCAUUAAAUGAAAAUGUUUUAGGAGUUUUCAGCUUCAUUCAAUUGAUUGUACUAUUGAAAAAGAUCCAAGAAGCAGUAUAUAAACUUGACCAUUAAGAAACGAUUUUUCAUAGAAAUUACAGGAUGAGGUACAGCAUUGAAGUCUAUUAGCUAAUCUCAUUUUUUCAGUGGAGAGGUUUGAAGGAUCUUGACUAAUAGAAUUUUGAAGAGUCAAAGUAUGUAAGUAUUACACACUUAUUCUUGUUGCAAGUAACACCCAGGAUUAUUAUUAAACAGUAAGAAAUCUUAUUUUGACACAAUAAUGUGUAAUCUUUCUUCCUCCUUGGCAUUUACACUAAAAAAAGAAAAUAAGAAAGAAGUAAAAGGAAUAGAAAGAGCAAGUUUUAGAAAAGCGAAUGAAUCGGCAAGCUUAAUACCUU